AUCCGCACACUCACCAUCAUGUCUGUCGACACCUUAUCUCACUCACUCGCCCACACAACCCUCUUCGAUGUUAAGGGACCCUCACCCGCUUCCUGCACUCCGAGCCACGAGAAGGUCCUUUCAUGCAAGCCUACAACGAAGCAUGCAAGAAGGCAUUAGAGGAGUUUGACGAAGAGAAACGUCUAGAUCUCGAGGAAACCCUGGAGCUGCUAGAAGGUUAUGACGAUCCGAAAGAUAGGGAGAGGAUCAAGCAGGUCGCAGAAGAGCAUAUUGCUGAGGACAGGGCGGAGCUCCUUGAGUCUCUGGAACAAGGCCGUCUUCACAUUUUACGCACCGAAGAAUCAUGGAAAGACAUGGUGAUGUGGCGAUAGUAACGAAAUCGAGGCGAUUGACAAUGAAAGCAGCAGUGGAACAGAGCCGAUUGUUGUAAAAACUGUGUAUAUGCAAGAAUGUGGAUUAGGCAAAGUCACAUCACAAUCGAAGCUUGCAUGAAGUAUAG